AUGACUUCUAGAACUGGUGUGGGUGAGUUCACUGCAGGAGAUUAUGUAGUGUUUGUGCUUAUGCUUUUCAUUUCUGCACUCAUUGGAAUAUAUCAGGCUUUUAAAGCUAGAGGCCAGCAAAGCAAUGUCCAGUUUCUGCUAGGCAACAGAGAGCUGAGGGCAUUGCCUGUGGCUCUGUCCCUUGCGUCCAGCUUUAUGUCUGCAAUUACUGUGAUUGGGACACCAGUAGAGGUUUACCGGUUUGGGGCCAUGUUCUUGAUUUUUUGCUUUACAUAUGCCAUCGUGAUCACCAUCACUGCUGAACUCUUCCUGCCUAUAUUCUACAGACUCAAUAUCACCAGUGCGUAUGAGUAUUUACAAAUGAGGUACUCCAAAAUAGUUCGAUACAUUGGAACCUCUUUCUUCAUCAUUCAAACAGUGCUGUACACUGGGAUUGUCAUUUAUGCUCCUGCAUUAACAUUGAAUCAGGUAACUGGAUUUGAUCUCUGGGGUGUACUCGUUGGAACUGGUCUUGUCUGCACCCUUUACUGUACUCUGGGUGGUCUGAAAGCUGUGGUGUGGACUGAUGUGUUCCAGAUGACAGUUAUGAUCAUUGGGUUCGUAGCAGUGAUAAUCCGAGGUGUGGUAAUUCAUGGAAGUUUUACCCAGAUCUUGAACAUUUCAUAUCAUGGAGGAAGACUCAACUUCUGGGACUUUGAUCCAAGCCCAGUAAGACGACACACCUUCUGGACGAUCGUGGUUGGUGGAACUUUUGUGUGGACAGCUAUUUAUGGCAUUAAUCAGUCUCAGGUUCAGCGGUACCUCUCUUGUAGAAGCCAGUUUGACGCUAAGCUAGCUCUCUACUUCAAUUUGGUUGCUCUGUGGAUAAUAGCCAUCUGCGCAGUGUUUACUGGGCUCGUUAUGUACGCUGUUUAUCACCAAUGUGAUCCCGUAACUCAGAAGAAAGUCAGAGCCCCAGACCAGUUGCUCCCAUACCUGGUGAUGGAUAUUCUGAGGGAUUAUCCUGGUGUUCCAGGACUCUUUGUGGCAGCUGCAUAUAGUGGGACUUUGAGUACGGUUUCCUCCAGCAUCAAUGCAUUGGCUGCUGUCACAGUGGCAGACGUCAUCAAACCUUUCACCGAUUUGUCAGAGAUGAAACUUGCUUGGAUCUCAAAGGGGCUCAGCUUCAUGUAUGGAAUCAUCUGCAUUGCAAUGGCUGCAUUGACCUCUGUGAUGGGUGGCAUCCUACAGGCGGCUCUCACUAUUUUUGGGAUUCUUGGAGGUCCAUUGCUCGGGAUAUUCCUUCUAGGCAUGCUAUUCCGUUAUGCUAAUUCAGUUGGUGCACUAUCCGGCUUUGUUGUCAGUGUCAUACUGACAAUGUGGAUAGGAAUCGGCGAGCGUAUCUAUCUCCCACAACCUACUCAGACUCGACCGUUACCCCUCAGCACAGCAGGAUGUCUUGAUCUCGGCACUAAUACCCUAUCAUCAGUGAAACUAGGCCACUACGGAGGAACACAACAUGCAGAAGAGAUGAUUUCCAGGCCAGCAAUCGCAGGCACUUUGUAUUCAAUCUCGUAUCUUUACUUGAGCCCAAUCGGUACACUAUGUGUUGUGGUUGUUGGUCUCAUAGUCAGUUUGCUGACAGGAGGGAAGAAGAAUGUGGUGGACAAGAAACUCCUGAUGACUUACAAGGAUUCGCUAUGCUACAACAUCUAUGUCAACAGAAGUGUUCAUUCAGAGAACACGAUUGACAAGGAGGAGCUGGAAGCAAUAGCUGACGGGAAGGACACAGUCAGCAACAAGGAGCCUGAUUCUGACAAACAAAAUCUGGAAUUCAAAACAAACGUAUAGUUAACAUGUGGGCUUUCUUCAAUAGAAGUACAGUGAACAAGUCAUCAGGCUGUGGAGAUGUCUAACACAGUAGUUUAUAUCUGUGUAAAAGAUUGCUGGGCUAGAAAUAUCACAAAUUUCUUCCCUCCCCCCUCCCAGUAUUUCUCUUCCCAAACUGCAGUGUAAAUGAAAUCAUUUUUUUCAUUGUAUUUCCAGUCAAA